AUGAGCUCGACCAAACGAUCCCGACAGCGGCCAGCAGACGCCCAUGUUGCAUCACCGCCGCCUGCCUCGAAACGCCUGAAAUCAUCUCACGUGCCAGAGGCGUCAACACCUCAAGCACGGUCCGGCGCUGCUUCUGCUUCUGGUCUCGCAUUCCUGGUCGAUGAGGACGCCCGCAAAGGCAAGAAGCUCAAUGCUCGCCUCACGAAUGGCGCGGUACAAUCCAAGUCCACGCGAGUCGACGAAUCUCACGCCGCCGUGCAGCCCGCCAAUGCCGACUCCGACUAUGAUACCUCAGAUGAAGACGCACCUGCACCUGCACAUGCCGCCGAGGCAGACAUAAUCUCGCUGUCCAGUAACAGCGAUUCGAGCGAUGCGGAGGAGGAAGCGGACGAUGGACCAGCGCAGCCGCUGGCGAAUGGACAUGCCGCCUCCCACAAUCCGGACAUGGAAAUGACUGAUGCUGCAGAUGCAACUUUUGGAGAUCUUCUGCAAGCUCGACACCCCGAUCCCAUUGAUGUGCAAAAGGCUUUGCAGGUCUCAGACCCCAAUGGUCGCAGCCUAGUCCCCACAUCUGAUUCUCACAACCGCACAGCCGUAACAUCUUCCAGUUUGGGUGUUGUAUUGGCACAAGCGCUCAAAACUAAAGACAAGGACCUCCUGGAAGACUGCUUCCGCGUAAACGACCUGGGGAGCAUCCGUGCAACAAUCCAACGACAACAGUCACAUCAAGUGGCCACUCUUCUGGAAUGCAUAGCAGAGCGCAUACACAAACGACCCGGACGGACUGGCAAGCUGAUGGCUUGGGUGCAAUGGUCACUGGUCACUCACGGAGGAUACCUGGCAAACCAGCCAGAGCUGAUGAAGAAGCUCAAGUCAUUGGGCACGGUGGUGCGCGAACGUGCGAAUGGACUGCAGCCUCUUCUUCAGCUCAAGGGAAAGCUCGAUUUCUUGGGUGCGCAACUGGAGCUGAGAAAGGGCCUACAAGCCGCAUCACAGGCUGCGAACGCGGAUGAUCUGGAUGAUGAGGAGAAUGUGCUUUAUGUGGAAGGUCAAGGGCAAGAUUGGUCCGACAGUGAUGAGGAGGAGGAGAAUGGGAACGCAGCAACACGGCGGUCAGGCAAGACUUUGCGGAUCAAGGAAACUGAAGACGAGAGCUCUGCCAAUGACGAUGACCUUGCGAAUGGGCACACAACGAAUGGUGCGGUGAACGGUCUGGACGACGACAGCGAAGAGGACACGACCGACGAGGAAGAUGAGGCCGGUAUGCUCGAUGUUGAAGCAGAAGAGCAAUCUGGUGAAGAGGAGAGCUCCAACGACGAGGCCGACUCCGACGCGCCAUCCGACGAGGACGAGGAGGAUUCCGACGCCGAGGAGAGCGAUGAGCCUGAAGCUGUGAGACAGCCAAAGCUCAGCACACUCAAUCGGAAACGAUGA